AUGGUUCUCGGAAAGAACGUCCGUCAUGUCCGGUCCCUGAAUAUAUCCCGCAACUUUUGUUCGCUCUACUUUGCUGGGCUCAUGGCCUUUCAGGACCUGCUGGACGCUGCCCUUACAGUCGACCCAGAUGGCCCCCUUCUCCUGGAGUUGACCCUGUAUGAAGUCCCCGUCCACGAUGACGACGAUGUCCGCCUCCUUGCCAAGACUGUCGCCACAUUGACCCACUUGGAGACGCUGUUUCUGACUGUAUCGCCUUCUCCGCAACAAAGGAUCACCAACAUUACCCCACGCAUCUUCUUCAGCUGCUCGCCAUCACUCAACUCGUUCACCGUCAAUAUCGUUCACUGUGCUAUACAACCCCAAGACUACAGCCGUAUCGCCAAGUGUAUCGUCGACAACUGCCCAGACUUGAAGCACCUUGGAGACGACACACAAAAAUAUCACGACCGGUCUGGAGAGUUUGUCGGCAAGGUUCUUGCGGCUGUUGCCGAGAAUAGUCUCGAGUCGUUCUACAUCAACGGCUUUCAGAACGAACGACCUCAACUAGGACAGGCCAUCCAGCGACAUUCGGGAAGCUUGACCGUUAUCGAGUUCUACAACUGCCAUAAUAUUUCCAGCGCCACCAUCCUUUCGAUUCUUGUCUCCUGCGUCGCCUUGAAAACCUUUAUCGUCAACGAGGGCAUCAGCAUCGGCGAUCUAAACACGCUCAGAAACCCGUUGUAUUCUCAACCAGCCCCCGUUGUUUUAACGGAAGAGGAGACCGAAUGGAUGUCGCAGCUGGGGAGGUUCUAUCAUCAGAUCGGGGUGUUGAAGGAGCUGGAGGGACUGGAGUUGAAGGUGGCGAUAGACGACUCCUCAAAGAUCGUGAGCGCCGAUUUAGAAGACGACGAUGAAGAUGUGGUAGAGUAUGAGGCCUCUGCUGACGACGGCAGUGACGAAGACGAACUCUUUAGCGACCACGAUAGCGACACGGAUUAUUUUAGUUAUCAAGACGUGUCGUUCCCUGGUUGGCUCUCGCUCGAUAAUGUAGGAAAAGGUUGGCCCGGUUACCUUGAGACGUUGACGGGUCUCACUAAAUUGAAAGUUCUCAGGGGUUCGUUUGGAGCGAUGACGGAGGAGGCACGACGUACGAUGGGCGCUAGGGAGUUGGCUUGGUUUGCGGAUCAUUUGCCUGCGUUGGAGGAGGUUGAAUUCUUUCGGAGUAGCGUCAGCCGACAUAGCUUUCGCUGGCUCAAGAAGGAGAGGCCCGAUCUGAAGAUGGUUUAG